UUCCGAGGUGUAUUGGGAGCGCCGCGAUUUCGACGUUCAACAUGGGGGCGUGUAUGUUGCUUUAAAGCCAAAGAAAUGGGGAGGGAAAUGGACACCCGGUUGUGAUUUUUCCCUUGAGCUGUGGACACACACGAGAUAAAAGUCCUUAAAGGCAAUAGGAAAUCUCAGAGGGAGAACUGCUGCUGCUGCUUUGGGUUGUCUGAAGGGACCCUCGCUCAGCACCAUGCUGUUUCCCACCUGCGGGCUUUCACGUCAAGCACUUCAUCUUCUGUAUGCCUUUAAGUCUGCAAGAAAAGACCGUCUUCUACCUUUAUAUGCAGCAAGAUGGACUUCAACAGUUCCUCGUAUCACCACUCACUAUACCAUUCACCCCCGGGAGAAAGACAAACGAUGGGAAGGAGUAAGCAUGGAAAGAUUUGCAGAAGAAGCUGAUGUUGUUAUAGUUGGAGCAGGUCCUGCAGGACUUUCUGCAGCUAUUCGACUCAAGCAGCUGGCGAGCGAGCACGGCAAAGAAAUCCGCGUAUGCUUGGUGGAGAAGGCUGCUCAGAUUGGUGCACAUACCCUGUCUGGAGCUUGUCUGGAGCCUCGUGCUUUGGAAGAACUUUUUCCAGAUUGGAAAGAACGAGGAGCUCCACUACAUACUUCUGUAACAGAAGACAGAUUUGGAAUCUUAACAAAGAACUAUAGAAUUCCAGUUCCCAUUCUUCCAGGCCUUCCGAUGGUUAAUCAUGGGAAUUUCAUAGUUCGUCUAGGACAUUUUGUGAACUGGUUGGGUGAACAAGCAGAAGCACUUGGUGUUGAAAUCUAUCCAGGCUAUGCUGCAGCUGAGGUUCUUUUCAAUGAGGAUGGAAGCGUGAAAGGAAUUGCCACAAAUGAUGUUGGCAUCCAAAAAGAUGGUGCACCUAAGGGUACUUUUGAGAGAGGUUUAGAGUUACAUGCCAAAAUUACAAUGUUUGCAGAAGGUUGUCAUGGUCAUCUUGCAAAACAAUUGUACAACAAGUAUAAUCUGAGGGAGAACUGUCAACCCCAGACUUAUGGCAUUGGACUUAAAGAGCUGUGGCUUAUUGAUGAAAAUAAAUGGAAACCAGGAAAAGUGGAGCACACCGUUGGUUGGCCUUUAGACAGACAUACAUAUGGAGGAUCAUUUCUUUAUCAUCUAAAUGAGGGUGAACCAUUAGUUGCUGUUGGAUUUGUAGUUGGUUUAGAUUAUCAAAAUCCUUUUUUGAGCCCGUUUAAGGAAUUUCAGAGGUGGAAGCAUCACCCUAGUGUUCAACCUACCUUUGAAGGAGGAAAGAGGAUUGGUUAUGGUGCCCGAGCUCUUAAUGAAGGGGGUUAUCAGUCCAUACCCAAACUUUCCUUUCCUGGUGGGGUUCUUAUUGGAUGUAGCCCAGGUUUCAUGAACGUUCCCAAGAUUAAAGGUACACACACUGCUAUGAAAAGUGGAAUGCUGGCUUCAGAAGCCAUUUUCAAUCAACUAACCAAUGAAAACCUCCAAUCAAAAACAAUAGGCCUUCAUGUUCCUGAAUAUGAAGAAAAUCUGAAAAAAUCAUGGGUGUGGAAAGAGCUUUAUGGAGUCAGGAAUAUUCGCCCCUCCUGUCAUGGAAUCUUGGGUGUAUAUGGAGGAAUGAUUUACACUGGUAUUUUCUAUUGGGUACUAAGAGGAUUUGAACCUUGGACCCUAAAGCAUGGAGGAACAGAUGCAAAACAGCUAAAGCCAGCCAAAGAUUGUACACCUAUUGAAUAUCCAAAACCCGAUGGAAAAGUCAGUUUUGAUUUGCUUUCAUCAGUAGCUUUGAGUGGUACAAAUCAUGAACACGACCAGCCUCCUCAUUUAACUUUGAAAGAUGAUAGUAUUCCUGUCAACCAUAACCUAGCUAUAUUUGAUGGACCUGAGCAGCGAUUUUGCCCAGCAGGAGUUUAUGAAUUUGUUCCUGUGGAAAGCGGAGAAGGAUUACGAUUACAGAUAAAUGCUCAGAACUGUGUCCAUUGUAAAACAUGUGAUAUUAAAGAUCCCAGCCAGAAUAUUAACUGGGUUGUACCGGAAGGUGGAGGAGGACCAGCUUAUAACGGAAUGUAGUUUUAAUCCAUUUUUUAAAAAUAUGUGGGCAAUGCUACGAAAUGACACAACUCGGGAUUUGCUAUUGUAAAAGUUAUGUGCUCUAAGGGGCCCGUUCUCUAUGAAGGCUAGAGUAAUCUACAGGCCACAUGUCCUCAGAUCAUGCUACAGCACUAAAGCUCAGCAGCAAAAUGGAUCUUGGACGCAUGAUCUUUAAUCUUUCUCUCAAAUAUAAAAAUGGAUGUUCUAUUUUAACCUUUUCUAUAAAUUAAAAAACCUAUCCCCCACCUCAAAAAAAUCGAUGCAAAAAAAAAUAUCACUAUUUAACUGGUGGCAUUUAUCAUCAAUGGGCACCUCUUAGAUGUCAAAGUGUUUUAAAGUGUUAACUGUAACCAGGCUGAGUAAAAUUGGACACAUCGGUUUUGAGGUUAGUGUUCGGCAGCCUGAAUGUGUUGGUGCCUUAAUUAGUAAAUAGACUAACUUUAUUUGAAUGUGUUUUUUUUUUCUAUUCAGAGAAUACCUGGUAAGACAAGAAGUUUGAAUACAUCCUGGUCUAAUUUUAUCCUGAUUGUUCUAUACAUUGUAAUACUAAUAAUGGAUGUAAUCCAGAAUACAGGAUAUUUAUAAUAUCUAUAACUAUUGUAUUUCUCUUGAUGGCCCAAUUUCAGGGAAAUACAUCUUUCAAGACUAAUCUAGAGAAUAUUUCAAUUAUUUUACAAAAACAAUAGAACAACACUACCUCUGGUAUGAAUUCAUUUUGUUAUAAUAAAAUGUAAUAAAGUAUUCUCUAUUUGA